CAUUGCGGUCUUAUCCCGAAACUCCAAGAACACAGAAAAUUUUCGUGGUGGUCUCUCCAAUGGCUUUCUCAGCGACUCUGUCUCAGCUUUCUUCUCUUUCUACCAUCUCCUCUUCAUUACCACUUCUUUCUAGAAGAUUUCCUCAUCGAUCUCUUCCUCAGUUCACAGUCAAAGCAGAGGUAGAGAAAGAGAAACAGAGCACGCAGGCCAAAUCUGAAGGGGAAGCAUCACCAGCUGCAACCAAAACCCCUAAAACUCUUCCCAAGAAACCGGUUUACUCGAUGAAGAAGGGUCAAAUCGUUCGUGUGGACAAAGAGAAGUAUCUCAACAGCAUCAAUUACUUAUCAGUUGGACAUCCUCCUUUCUACAAAGGACUUGAUUACAUUUACGAAGAUCGCGGCGAGGUCUUGGACCUUCGUGUCUUUGAGACAGGAGAGUAUGCACUUGUUGGAUGGGUUGGUAUCCCCACCGCACCGGCUUGGCUUCCAACUGAUAUGCUCAUCAAGUCAGAGAAACUUGUUUAUGAACGAAUGUAGAGUCCAUAGGCUUCCAAGAAGAAUCCUUUGGAAAGCAACCGAUACCAAGGGUUGUGUGUGAAGCUGAGAUGAAUGAUAAAAAUGGCACCAUCAUGAUCAUGUCCUCAAAGUGUUACUAGAAAGAAUCAAUGUUACCAUAGUCACAAAGCUGUUCUCGAAUGUAGAGAAUAUGAUCUGACUGAAAACAACUAUAAGAAUGCAUUUUCCUUAACCAAUUCACACUCUUUGUUCUGUUUUUUUUUUAUGAUCCAUCAUCUACUUUAGCCAA